CAGUGCUAGAGAUAAUUUUCGAAGAUCAAAGGAUAUGUAUAAACUUUGAUAUUUGUGCAAAAAUCUGCAAUAACCAGAAAUGGAAAAACAUCGAAGCUUCGAAAGAAAGCAAUAGAAAUAAUUGAAGAAUCAAUGUAAAAAUAUGGUUAAACGAUAUGAUUAUAAAAGAAAUAACGAUGCUAGAGAUAAUUUGCAAAUACAACUAUAGAUAUUUAUGAACUUGGAUAUUUGUAUAAAAACGUUGCAUAACCGGCGAUUGAAAAAAGGAAUAGGAGGCAGCGACAGCUGCGAAAGCGAGUCGAUGAAAAAUCAGCGGCCGCGAUAACUUCCGCUUCGAAGCGGUAUCCACCAGCUGUCGUUAAUGAAACGAUACCUACGUAGUCGUAUAAUGGUACAAUGCAUAAAAUAACUGGACAUUAUUGUAAAAUUGCCGGCAUGUAUUAAUCAAAGCAACCGCAAACAUGGGAAAGGAGGAACUUCGCCUGUCUUCCGAGAACCUGAAGACAUUCCUUCGUCAACAACGUUCCUGUCGAAGGCUAAAGAACGACUAACAACCAUCCGUGUUGCUUCACGCUCGCCGGUCGGCGAAGGAGCAGGACAAAUAAAACCAACUAGUCUAUGGUGGAACAGAGAGGGCAACUGCAUCGUUGGAAUAACAGUACUCUCACAUUGGUGAACGCCGUCGAAGCACGGUACCGUUAUCGGUUACCGCGUUACCACGCCGACGAGGACCAGCGACGGAAACCAGAGAAUCCAGACUGCUCCUCAGCUUCUCCCGUAAGGCUCCUCCUCCACCUCCUCCUUUCUUUCUUCGUGUUCUCGUUGCUCCAUGUGUUUCCUUGACCCCACGCGUCCUUUCCCGGACAGAAUAAAGAUGUUGGUCACUAGAUAUACGAUGCCAGUGAAAAGUAUUAUUAUCAAAAGUACUAUUAAAAGUAUUAUUAUAAGUAUAAUGAUACUAUAAUGGUAUUAUAAAUAUAUUGAUAUUUAGUAUGGAUCGAACGUUUCUCACUGUUUCUAGUUUUUAGUUGAUUUAUUACAAACCUGUUAUUUCUUUUGCGACAUAUCUGUCUUUAUAGGAAUUUUAUGCAACAUUGCAAUUUCAAAUUUUCUACAAGUGUAUAAAAAUGUGCAGUGAUAUGUUAAUAACCUUCGUAUUAGAUAUUUUUCACGAUGUUGUUGACAGUCUGUUAUUCUGGAAUUUGUUUGUGUAUAUGCUCGUAUAGAGCUCGUAUUAGAUAUUUGUUACUGUGUUGCUGAUAGUCGCCUAUUCUAGAAUUUAGUUUUAUAUACGUACAUAUUAAUAAAUAGUGACUUAUAUUGCAGAUUUAAACAUAUUUUGUAAAAUCGUGCCUACUUUUAUUAAGCUUUCUUCCGUCUACUACCGUAUAUACUCAGAGUAAAUCUCGUUAUGGUUGUUUGAUAGUCUGAUCUCAGUUAAACAUUUUGGUUUAUGAGCUGUCUUUUUGAAUUUAUAGAGAUGAAUUCGGAAUGAAGAUGAUUUCAUGUUGAUGAAUUAAAAAUUUUGGUUUGCUUUCUAUAUGCUAAUCUCAGGUCGACUGUUUGGACUUUGUUUCGACCGGAUAAAAUGACAUGGUUUCUGAUGACUGUCGUUUAGUUGAGUGGAGGAUUUUAUGAAUUAGUUUGGAAUUUGUGGAUUUUUUGGAUUUUGUGAAUUAGUACCUAAUUACAAUUUAUUGAAACUAAAUUUUGAAAAUGUUGAUUAUUAAACAGUUUAAUUGAUAGACAUUUUAAUUAACAGAUCGUUGUCUGAAUAGAAAAUAUUCUUUUUAGAAAAUAUUCGCUGUAUUCUUUAGAAUAAUUAUUUUUGGGCCACAAAAGUCGAAAGAGUUGAGAGUGUCUGUUAUUUUCUCGAGGGAAAUUGUUCGUUAGAAAACGUCUCGAAAUUUCUUCGAUAGUAAUCACACGUGUUCCUGCUGUGAGAGACAAUGGGGUUUGGUUUUCUUCUGUAAUUCUACUUCGAUGUAAAUGUUUCAAUUUAGUAUUAUAAUGGUAAUAAGAGACAGGAACGUUUUUCAGUUCCUCGAUACUUUCGGUCUUCCCUGAAUGAUGAUUUACCACAUUAAAUGCACCGUAAUUAGCGUAAUAUACGUAACUAGUUUUCGACCUACUUUCCUACUGUUGAAUUUCUUCGGCUUGCUAAAGCGCAGGAGUUUGAAUAAACUAUCAUUACCAGUAGUCUAUUGUAGUUUUCCAGUACCUUUUGUUCCACAAAAGUACUCAUCGAGUACGUGGAAACGUUUAAUCGUGAUCUUUGAAAUUUCGAAAUUAGUAUUCCCGUGUGUCCUACUUUUCCUGUCUCUUUUUGAAGAAUAUUCCGUAUGGUAGUUACAGUGGAAAAGGAAUAGAAAAGAAACAGAAAUGAAGCUAAUUUUGUAAAAGAUGUUCUUGGAAAAAUUAAUACCUAAAUUUGUAACAGUCGCUUAAAGAAGCAUAAAAUAUCUUUAAUUAAUUGGUAUUUCUUACGAUCGAGAAAAGAUUGGCAUUUUUCUUAUUAAUAUUUCCUACUAUUAAAAAUUAAUAUUUCCCUCGUUAAUAUCUUUCAAAAGGAAAAUCAAUACUUUAAAUCAUCAAAUUCUGCCUCAAAAUAUUGAAGUGUAUAAUUCUCCUCAACAACCAAAAUAAACAAGAAGAAAAAUUAUCUCUCCACAUCUUCCAAACUACCCACUUCCCCAAAAAGUGCAAAAUUUCUCCAAGAAAUAAUCCUCUAAUAUAUUCCAAACUGCAUUUAUUUUCUCAAAAAGGCCAAGAGUGACAAAUUUUCCUUAAGAAUCGAACAAAAACUAACAUUUCUUCAAAAACUAAUUUUCUAAGAUAUUCUAAAUCGUCUAUGCUCCGAAAAAAUGAUAAGAUACCAAAUCUCCAUUAAAAAUUCAAAAGUUAAUAUUUCUUCAAAUAUUCCAAAUCUUCGUGGAGAGCCCAAAACCGUUAGACUUUCGUCGAAAAUCGUUCACAGCAACACUUCUCAUCUCUUACCCACGCCACAAAUAUCAAACCCACGAGAAAUAGAUAUCGAUAUUGGACCAAUUAAUCGCAAUGAUGCGUACGUGUCAGGCGAGGCACGACGCACAAGAUUUCCGGUAAAAAGUCGCGACCAGACAUUCACCCUUCCCGUGGAGCAGCAGAAAGGCUCUCUCCGUCGAUCUUCAUCCUCCUGCUCCUCCUGUUCUUCCUCCUUCUCCUCGCUCCAGCGUGGAGGAGCCGACUCACUGGCUAGAGAACUCGAGUCUCUCCUGCGGAACAUCCCCGGCAGUUUCACGUCGACGGUCAUCCGGAUCGACUCGUGGCCAAGGUCGAUCGUCAACGGCAACGUUCUUUUCGUGUGAAAAACGUCGGUUUUUUAAUAUUUCCUGCUGAACAGUCGAUUGUCUAUUGGAAAUCUGUGAAAUUAUAACAGCUGAUUAUCCAUUGAAAAUUUGUGAAAUUACAAAAAUUGAUUGUUCGUUGCGAUAGUCGAUGAUCUAUCGAAAAUUUGUGGAAUUACGCCAAUUGGAUUAUCUAUUUGAAAAUUUGUGAAAUUACAAGAAUCGAUUGCCCUCUGUUACAACGAUCAAAAAUUUGUGAAAUUUGAAAUCGAACAAGUGUUUCUUAUAUUUCAUUUCAUAUUGUGGUAUCGAUACAAAGAAGAUGGAGGAGUCCGGAGAACCGUGGAUCUAUACGAUCUAAGUGAUCUAUACGAUAAUAUGGGAUUCGUGGCGGUGGUGCGCUGGUGUUUUUCGAGAGACUUUAGAAAACUUUUGUUUAGGAGACUCUGUUUGAGGAUUUUUGGGCGAAAUUGAGAUCGUGGAGCAUUGGAAAAACGAAUGACGUCGCUCGAUGAAAACACGACGAAGAGAAAAGCUCCAGGGAGCUUAAAAGAGAUACAGACGUGGAUCGUGCUCUAGUUUAGAUCUAGAGCCGAAUAUGUCUUGCGUGGGAAUGUCCUGUUACGAGGAUGGCUUCCGGUUGGCUGGUCCCGCAUCGGAAUGCUCCCUCAGAAGCAAGGCUCGCAUCGAUGCCCUGUUCGAAGAUUCGAGGUCGAUCUACGGAUCGAACAUUGGCGGUUGGUAUGGCGCGAUAUCAACCAUGAACUCGAAUCAUCUGGAGGACAUGGGGGUGGACGAGCAGAGAAGGGUGAACAGCGCCGUGCAGGCGAGGAUCGAGGCGAUGUUCGCUUCCGUGGAAGCCGAAAGCGAAACACCCGGAGAAUGCGCCGCCGCGAUUUUACCGGUGAAAUAUAUGGGCGCAGCACCUGUGGGUGGUCGCGUGGCAAGCGUUCGAGGCCUCCAAGAACCCCUACGUCAGCUUCUGGAAAGAAUCCAGUAUUCUGUGCGGGCGGAACUCGAAGUCUCCAGACGGGGGUUGACUUUCCGCACGUCUGACAUCUGCGAGAAGAACAACCCCUUCCGCAGGAUCGCCGUGUGGAGUGCACUGAGGCUUCGCAAUAAACGCAUGCCAUCGGGAGAGCUGCAUCACGCUUUCUUACCGUUGGUCGGUGAUCACGAACAGAGCCAGACGAGCGAGGAGAAGCACGCAGACUUGUACAGAACAAUGCGUGGCCUGAAAACGACAUCAGACCACUAUUCACCGAUAUUUGCAGUAGUAAUGCGACGACCAGGGGCGACCAGGUUACUAGAAUGCCAUGCGUUCGCGUGUGAGACGGAAGAGGAUGCAGUGGCUGCUGCAGCGACGCUCUACAGAUCUCUUCUCGCUGAUUUGGACGCGAAUCGACGUCGGCCAAGGCACACGAACGGCGUCGGUUGCAUGAGCAUAGCCUCGGUAGCCUCCAGCGUCAGAGAACCGAGUCCAAGCAGCAGGCUCAGCGCCAGAAUGAACAUAUUACAAACGGAUGCUAUCAGAUCAACUCCUCAACAUCCUGUGAGACCUCCAAGAACGAAGAAGACUUCCGUAUCCAGCUCGGUAACGGAAGAGGAAACCGAAAAACCAUCUGGUUUACAAAAAGCUCCCAGAAGAAAGAAGAAAAGUUCUGAUAUCAAAGCAGAAGACAUUUUGGAGGCUCGAGGAAAGAGAAAGGAGGCUAGUCCGAAAGAAAAGACCAAUCCAGUGGUCCAGAGCUUCAGUUCUAUUCAGGCGAACUUCGACUCGAAAGUUUCCAAGAAAGAGGAACGCGAAAAUUCGAAGAAUAAAACGUUCGGAAUUAAACAAGAAUUAGACGCUCCUGAAAAGAUCGAAGUAGAAAACUCGAAUAAUUCUGCGAACAAGAUUUACGAUAUAGGAGUCAAUGGAUUCUAUGAGACAGUCUCUAACAGAUACGAGAAGCUUCCAAUAAUUGGAAAAGCGGGGAAAGUCGAGAGCCCGGCGCAAGAAACUCCGAUUAAAGAAGCAGAUGACGUGAAGGAAAGAAUGUACGAAAAAUCUCACGGUUCCUAUGACCUGAAUAAUCCUGUGUCCUCGAGAGACGCGUCUAAGGAUCAAGAAACACACUCUGCGAGGUCAGACGUUAUAAUCUACGACAGGAUCGAAAGAUCAGGCUGCAAGGGCGAAGAAAAUGCAUUGUACGAACGAGCUUCGAAGAGAAACAGCAAAGAGAGGCUCUAUGAGGAACACUUUAAAGAUGUUGAUAAAAUAUACAAUCUUGCCCAGGAAGAAAUUUACAGUGGCAAAUUGGGACCAGGGAAGAUAAAGAGUUCGCAAGAAGAUAUAUUCUUUGGUAGAUCCUGUAAUAACGAGAUUUAUCAGUUGAGCCAGGAGAGUCGUGGGGAUUCUGUGUCAGUGGAACGAAGAAGAUCCAGGGACCAAGAGAAGAUCACACCUGGAAAACGAGUGAGCAGAGUGGUUACCAUGGAUAAACCUUUGAAGAAGCAACUGAGCGAUUCCACGUCGAAUUUGAAUUUGAUAGAGCAUAAUCAGCCAAAAGUGAGGAAGAGAAGCAGAGCUGGAAGUGAACCACCUGUUAGCAGAUCUGAGGAUGCUACGAAGGCUCUUGAGGAGACUAGAUUGAAGAGAUCUCAGAGUGAUAUAGACGUGGAUAGAGGAGAUUUGAUGACCAGAGUCGAGUUGCCCAGGAGAGGAAGCUUUUUGAAUCCUGGAAGCGCUAGAAGACCUAAUAGUAUCAAAGGUGGCACUCCUUUGGGAUUCACCGAACUUUUUGACGAGUUUAGGAAUCAGGAGGGUCUGACUAGUGUCGACGACAUCUUGGCUGCUAUUAUCGAUCCUGAAGGGAUGUCAUUCAACGACUUGAAACCCCUGUACAAAGAGUUCUUGUUAAAAUUGGCCGCCACACUGACACAGGAUGAGCUAUAUCAGAGAUCAGCGAGCAUAAUGAGGAGGCGUCGAAGGCCGCAACGAAGACGAUCCAGUCGACGAACCUGCUUACUUGGCAGGGCUAUCAAAAGGUCUGUGUCGAGGUUGAAAGGUGGACCGACGGAAUUCACUUCCGUGAUCUUCCCUGCGAGAAGACUGAACGAUAGUUUCGGUAGUAGCUCUUCUUGCGACGCCAGGAACAAUCAUAGGAAUCGUGUAUUGGCCAAUAAAUUGGGCAAGAGAAGAUCUUCGUGGAGGACGAGUAAAAAUGGCGCCUGCCAUACUACUUCUGAAGAUAGCGACACUUGCAGAAGACUAAACAGAAGCGCAGGAGCGGCAGCGAACAGGAGCAGCAGCGGUUACGUGAGUUGCAGCGAGUGUAGCUACGAUUCGGAAUCGUGCACCUGCGUGUCAGCGGACAAAUGCUACUGCUCGUUGUCGAGGAGGAUCCCGACGCAGCCUCACGUUCCUCCAAACACGGUGGUAUGUGCUUGUGACACUGACAGCUGCUCUGAAAGCAAUAAGUGUUACUGUGCUCGGCAGCCGAUCCGGCCGACGAUACUGGAGCAGCUAAGGCAGAGAGGCAUCGUGCCCUCUGAAGGCACCCUCAGCCGAGCCGGAAGCCCGGACAAAGCUCGAGCGGUCAAGACCAGCAGAUGUCGAACGCCCUCCCAAGGUUUGGAUGUACUCAAGGUAAUUCAAAACAAGCAGUCAUCGUCAAGCUACGGUAGUUCGAACAACUUCGCCCUAGAUUACGACCUGUUCAAUCCAGGACGAAAGUCUCAACAGUCUUCAGACAGCGAGAAGGUGCUAGUCGUUAGUGCUAGAGACACGCAGGGCCGUUUAGUGUACGUCGGUGGCGCUGACAGAGACAAGAAAUGCCUUUCCCAUUGUUCCAGUCGAUCUGGAGCGCAUCACGAAGCCCUUUCGAUCAAGAAAAGCGCGGAAAUCGCAGCCAUCUUCGGCGCUGAAUCGAGUAGAAUCAGCAGGCGAACCAGUAACGCUUCCAGCGUCAAGAGUUCCAUUAGUCUGGAGGCUGGUUUAGGAUAUUUACCAUGAAGAUCCUUAUUCUCCUUCAUAAAAUUACACCCUCUACUUGAUCUGAUCGGAAAAUUAUAAGGAUCAGAAAAUACAGUUAUAUCACAGGAUGAUUGUAAAUUAAAUUAAUGCGUCAAAUUAUACAAUAAUGACAUUUACAUGACCUUAAUUAAAAAAUAAGGUACCGAAAAGUUUAAGAGAUAUAAAUUUGUCCUAGCAAUUUUCUAAAUUCUUUUUUGAUAAUUGUUCCCAUUUUUGUAGAGAUAACAUCUUCUAUUAUGUCAAAGCAGAGAAAUUUCUUUUUCGUGUAUAAUUUCAAUUUUUAACGUUCAUACACGCAUUCUUUUUAAAAUUAAAUAAAGUAUAAAUCGUUAAUCAAUCGUCAUGUUACAACUUGAUAUAAAAAAAUAUAGUCUAUUCUUGAAGAAGAAUUUUCGACCAGAUUUAGUAGACAUUAUACAUAAAUAUACAUAUAUAUAUAUAUAAAGCUAUUUUUUUAUUUUUUAUUAAAAAAAAAAGACACCAUUCAGCAAAGAGGUGUAAAUACCGAAAUAAAUACUUCAAAGAGAACGUCCAGGAAGAAAUGUGUAAAAGAUAUCGAACUAUUUUUUACGAGGGCAUAAACGCUCCAGCGAUAAUAGUUUCUAUUUUUACUUUUAGAAUAUUAUUUGUCUUUUGCUAAAGAAAUACCUUGAACUCGCGUUUUCAAUAUUCAAUUACUAUUUAGUUGAUUCAAGCUAAUUGGCAUGAAAAAUCACGGGAAUGUAACGUCUACGUAUAUAUUGAUAUUAUAGCGCGUGUAUAUUAAUUAAUAACGGUACUGUCAUUUACAUGGUUCGCAGAAAUGUACCAGUUCUUUUCAUAACGGUACCAUAUUCUCGUUUCUGCGAGACUUGAUCUCAGCAAAAGUGGCUCUGAGUCGAGCACGCUAAAAUUAGCGAUUUACUGUUCGCACUACAGACAUUAUAAAAAAAGGAAAAUAUUCAAUAUCGUCAUUCUGAUAGCGUGUACGAAUAUCUUGCAAGUACCUGCAUUAUCACUUGUAAAAUUUUCUUCCCUUUAUUUUUGCAUUCUUGACAAUUAUUUAUAGAUCAAAGUAUCUAUUGAGAUUUAAACAAUUUUUUUAUUCGUCUUUCUGACUGCUGUUUAAUGUAUGCAUGAAAAUAAUUCGCAAUGAUAGCUGAUCCAAUUUAGCAUAGGUCUGUUU